GCGCCCUCAGUGUCUCGCGGUUCAUCGAUCAGUGUGGUGUGUGUCGCGUUGUUGCUCCGGUGGAUUUUUUUGGUGGUUUGUUCCUGCCUUGGACGUACGGCGUACCUUUUUCGUUUGGGUUUUCGGGAGCGGUGAGCGCGGUGUCGAUCGAGGCAGGGGGCUCGUGAACGGGCCCACAGAGCGGCAACCAGAGAGGACAAAAUGCAACCGAGGAUAUACUGGAUUCUGAUCAGCACGGCCGUCAUUCUCGCGGGAUGCAACGCCGCUACCGAGAAGGACCAAAGCGAGAAGGAGAGGACGGCGGGAGGAAGUUCUACGUACAACUCCCCGGACGAUCUCUACCUAGACGAUCAGGAACCUUUGGAAGGCUCUGGUCGAGGUGGCAGUGAAGGUCACGACGACCUUGAAUCGUCCGGUAGCGGUCUUGGUCCCGACGACGAGGACGGCGACGACGAUCACGAUUUCAGCAACAACAAUAGGAUAGACCCGGUGCCGAACAACAGGCCGACAGAGCCGGAUGAGCCGUACUCCGUCGAUGAGCCGAUAAUCAAGCCCAAGGAAAAGGCCAACGUAGAGACUGUAAACCGACCCGGCAACGAGGUCGAUGUAAUCGGGCCCUCAGGUGUCGAGGGCGACCACUCGGACAACACAGACGUCUACAUGAAUCCGAAACACGAGGACCGCGCUAGCUCCUUCUUUGCCCAGCCAGGCGUGCUGGCAGCGGUGAUCGGAGGAGCGGUAGUAGGGCUGCUAUGCGCGAUCCUGGUGGUGAUGUUCAUCGUGUACAGGAUGCGCAAGAAGGAUGAGGGCUCGUACGCCCUGGACGAGCCGAGGAGAUCACCGGCGGCACAGGCGUUCCCGAAACCGGGCGCGCCGCAUCACAAUCGAGAGUUCUACGCUUGAGGCGGCGAAGCCUAAGCCUGGCUUUGACAUCGCCGAGUUUUGCCCCACGACACUACGCCGAGAAAGACGAUGUCCUUCGACCGAAUUAAGCGCCGCAGCCGCCUACCGUCGCGACAAUCUAUCGCAGCGGUACACAAUAUGUCCCGCGAGGCUCUGCUCCCGCGGAACGCACGCCUCGUCGUCAGCAACAAAACACGGGGGUUGGCUCCCCUAACCGGGGGAAGCGUCAGCGCCAGCGCACAACCUCUUUUUUCCGUCAUCCUUCGAUCAAGCAUAAUAUCCUCAACAAUCCUCUCUCCGUCGCUUUGCUUUUCCGUUUCGCUAAGACACCUCGGACCUCGGUCAGUCGUGCCAUCCCCCCCCCCCCCUAACCAGUCGUAACUUAACCUAUACACCCUUUAACAAGUGUGUCUACCCCCGUUCGUGAUUGAUCGCUCGGUGGUGGACACACAACGCAGCCAACCUUUUGGCUUAACGACGCUUUCUUUCGCCGCCCUAACGCCUCCCAACGUCGCGGAUCGGUACUUCGGGAGUACAGAACUUUUUCCUCCUUUCUUUCGGACGUUCGGUCGAUAGGCUCCACACCUCCGAUAGAGAGAAAGAGAGAGUUAGACUGAGAACGAGAGUGAAAGUGAGAGAAAGUGAGAGUGUGUGUGUCUGUGAAUGAGAGAGAGAGAGAGAGAGAGAGAGAGAGAGAGAGAGAGAGAAUGAGUGAGUGAGGACACGCGGGCAUGUGGUGCGCUGAUCGAAGGAGAAGGGUAGCAAACUCAGUUCGCCGAGUCCUCGUCGGCGCUAGGUCGCGGCUAAUUAUUCCAGAUGCAUUUACAGAGCGUAUAUGUAUUUAGGCGUACGUAUACGCCCACAUCACCCCCAGCCCCUGUAUAGGACCGAGAGCGCGAAAAUUCGUGGGCGAUAAACGCUGCUGGUAUAAUCGUUAAUCAUUCUGUCCCCCGCGCCCGCCCCCUGGUGGAAGGAGGGAAGGAAGAAGGAUCGUUGCGCCAACCGUGAUUUCUUUUCGACGCGCAUCCACGCGACCUCAUUUAUCAGGCCAACGCUAAACCGAGAGAGCACUGUUUGCUCUGGGAGUACCAACGAUCGCCCUGAGCUCUCCGCGGAGCCCCGGAGCACUGCCCCUCGGGGCAAACGGUGCCUAUGUUCCUGGCCAACCGAUUCCCCCUAGCUCUUUGUUUCGCUCGGUUUUCUUCAGUCAACGAUUCUCAUCAUUUUAAUGCUUUGACCAGCGGGGUCUUAACCCCC